GAUCGAAACACCAGAUUGACACAAGCCACACUAGCAACCCCACCCCUGUCGCUCAGUGGUUCUUUCCCCAGCCAAGCCGCCAGAAAGAGCAACUUUCCUGCUGAACCUGCACCACCUGAACCCUCACCACCUGAACCCGCACCACCACGCCCAGAUCGACGGAGCGGGUCGAGGUCCGACCAGGGAGGGACUCGACACAAAGGAAUUAAGACGCGACAAACCAACCUGGUCCUGUGGGUGUCCUGUGGGUGUGCAGUGGCAACACAGCUGCACUGCCGGCCAAGAAAGAAAAUAAGGCCCUUGCGGCUAUCAGAAAAGCAUCCGAGCUUAUCCGCAACAAACAACGAAACUCCUGUCCAGAGGGCACCCACCACAUACACACACAACGAACACCAAGGUGCUCGCUCACUUGUUGGCGCGUCGAUGGCUAGCUUGGCCGAUUAAUCUGCUUGCCACAGCCGCUUUGUUAGCUGGUCGGCCCACUAGGCUGAUACUAUGGCUUCCUGAUAACCUGGCCCUUUCCGUUUCCCUCUCCUUCUCGUUUUUGUUCCCCUUCUGGACCUGGGACCCCUGCCGUGGAUCCGUCGGUUGCAUUGCUGGCCUCUGAUCGCUGACGAGCACCCACCCUUGUUCGUUUUGUCCGCCGCCGGCUGGAGUCCAAGUCGCUGGCCUGGUGGCCUUGACCCUGACCGAAGCCCGCUCAGGCCAUGGGGGCCUGCGCUCGCCUGCUCGCCUGCGGCCUCGACCUCCAGACAAACACGCACACUCGCCCACAGCGUCGCAGCACACGGCCGAGCCAAGCCGGGAUCAGCUUGCGGCCCAUCCGCCAGUCAAGGUGUGCCCAGCCGCCGGCUGGCCUGACAAAGGAGCCUGGAGGAAGCCUGGAGGAAGCCUGGAGCAGCUGCCCAGACACACGCAGGCACACGCAUUCUGUCGCCACCCUGCGCCUCUGCUGAGAUUCACGGCCGCAUCCCAUUGUUGAGCAUGCUUGUCAUGACCCGCCAGCGUCGGUCCCGAUUCUUGGUUGCAGCUGAAGGCGAGGCCACGCCAGCCAGUCACGUUGAGCCUUUGCCAACCUUGAGUGAUUUUGCGACAUUACCGCGAGUCCAUGUACCCCG